AUGCAAGAUACCCUCUCCGCCGUAGGGUCUCUAACAUCAGGAGAGACAGGCGCAUUCACGAAUCUAGCGUCGCUAUCCGCACGGCCAACCGCAGCAUCUACAUCCAACGCUCCUGCCACCACGCAAAUUCCCCCGGCAGAAGACCCCCUCUUGCAGCUCAUCGCCGGUACCAUUCAAAGGAAUGGUAACCGUCAAAAGGCCCAGAGAAUUGUCACCCGCACUCUCAUGUACAUCCACACCCUGACGCGUGCUCCGCCCUUGCCCAUCCUGCGGAAUGCCAUCUUUACCGUCGCCCCUGCCGUGCGGUGCAUUUCGGUCAGGCAUGCAGGGAGGACUAUAGUGUAUCCUAUAGCACUCAACGAGCAGCAGCGCAUGCAUCAUUCUAUUCAGUGGAUAUUGGCCGCCAGUGACGCUCGCCCCGGGCAGUUUCUGGAGGAGCGCCUCGCGCGUGAGAUGGUUGCUAUCGUGCAGGGAACAAUGACCGAUUCGAAGGAAGUCAGUCCAGCGAUAAGGAAGAAGGAGGAUGUCCACAAAUUGGCCCUGUCGAACAGAGGAAACGUUCAGAAGGGGAGAUAUUGA